CCUCCGGACCGCGCUCCACGAGGCCUACAGCGUCUCUGUUUCCAUGGCGACCGGAGCGCCGGAAGUGACGUGUAAACAAGGCGCCGCUAUCGCCCACACUCCCCGAGGCUCCGUUUCCAUGCCGAUCGCUGCGCCGGAAGUGAUACCGAUCGCAUCCGACGCUUUCAGUUUCUGCGCCGGAAGUGACGCCAAUGCAUUGCACCGGAAGUGACAGUAGAGCGUUGCGCAGCGCGCGGAGUUCAGAGUCCGCCGUCAUGGCGGGGUCCGGGGGGUCGAGCUGCACGAUGGAGUUUGCAGUGCAGAUGAGCUGUGAGAGCUGCGCCGAAGCCGUGCGGGCAGCGCUGGAGGGCGCCCCAGGCGUGCGGCUGCUGGAGCUGCGCCCCGAGACGCAGACGGUGCUGCUGGAGGCCCAGGUGGGAGCGGAGCGCGUGAAGGAGCUGCUGGAAUCCAGCGGGCGCCGCGCGGUGCUGCGGGGUCUGGGGGUCCCCGGGGGUCCCCGCGGAGGUGACGCGA